ACAGAGGGAGGGGCGUGUGCAGGGAGACCUGUAGUUUCCGCUUGCGGUCCGGCUGUAGGCUGAGGAAAGUUCGUUCUCGCUUUGGGGCUGCGGUUUGCCUUGAAUCCCCUCUGCCUGUGAGACCCGAAGCGAGUUUUCAGCACAUGAGCUGUCCAUUUCCGGAAAAAAAACCCAAAAAACAAACAAACAAACAAACAACCAAAAAACCAGGGACACUCAUCACCCUUGUCUGUCGUCCUCGUGCUUGGUGUUGAAUAAGCAUAUAUAUAAUUAUAAAAACCAUGGAUGAAGAACCUGAAAGAACUAAGCGGUGGGAAGGAGGCUAUGAGAGAACCUGGGAAAUUCUUAAAGAAGAUGAAAGUGGAUCACUUAAAGCUACAAUAGAGGAUAUUCUCUUCAAGGCAAAGAGGAAAAGAGUGUUUGAGCACCAUGGACAAGUUCGACUUGGAAUGAUGCGCCACCUGUACGUGGUGGUGGAUGGGUCCAGAACAAUGGAAGAUCAGGAUUUAAAGCCCAACAGACUGACCUGUACUCUAAAGUUGUUGGAAUAUUUUGUAGAAGAAUAUUUUGAUCAAAACCCUAUCAGUCAGAUUGGCAUAAUUGUAACUAAGAGUAAAAGAGCUGAAAAACUGACUGAACUCUCAGGAAACCCAAGGAAACACAUAACAUCUUUGAAGAAAGCUGUAGAUAUGACCUGCCAUGGAGAACCAUCACUCUAUAAUUCCUUAAGCAUGGCUAUGCAAACCCUAAAACACAUGCCCGGACACACAAGCAGAGAAGUGCUCAUCAUCUUCAGCAGCCUCACGACCUGUGACCCCUCUAAUAUUUAUGACCUCAUCAAGACCCUGAAGACAGCUAAAAUUAGAGUGUCUGUUAUUGGGUUGUCUGCGGAGGUUCGAGUUUGUACUGUACUUGCUCGAGAAACUGGUGGCACAUACCACGUCAUCCUAGAUGAGACCCAUUACAAGGAGCUGUUAGCCCGUCAUGUGAGCCCUCCUCCCGCCAGCUCCGGCUCCGAGUGCUCCCUUAUCCGCAUGGGAUUCCCUCAGCAUACCAUUGCCUCUCUGUCUGAUCAGGAUGCAAAACCAUCCUUCAGCAUGGCGCAUUUGGAUAAUAAUAGCACUGAACCAGGGCUUACAUUGGGAGGCUAUUUCUGCCCACAGUGUCGAGCAAAGUACUGUGAGCUUCCUGUCGAAUGUAAAAUAUGUGGUCUUACUUUGGUGUCUGCACCUCACUUGGCAAGAUCUUAUCAUCAUUUAUUUCCUUUGGAUGCUUUUCAAGAAAUCCCCCUGGAAGAAUAUAAAGGAGAGAGGUUUUGUUAUGGAUGUCAGGGUGAAUUGAAAGACCAACAUGUCUAUGUUUGCACAGUGUGCCGGAACGUCUUCUGUGUGGACUGCGAUGUCUUUGUUCACGACUCUCUCCACUGCUGUCCUGGCUGUGUUCAUAAGAUCCCAACUCAGUCAGGUGUUUGAUCCCACGAAGAACACACACAUUGAGUAGGUUAAAAACAGAACAAAGCUUGUGACUGUAAAUAAAAUGACUUUGAAUAAACUGAUUCUCUAAUUAAAGCAUGAAAA